UGACAGCUAUAAAGGCGGCUGCGGCCACAGAGCCUCCGCUGGGCUGCGCCCCUCCCUCCCGGGAUCCCCUCCUGCAGAUGCUCUUUGAAGUGGGAGAGGGGAAGCUGCCCAGGAGGAGGAGGAGGAGGAGGAGGAGGAGAGAGGCAGAGCCGCACGUCCCUGGCCUGUGUUGCUCCUGCUGGCUGAGCACCUGGCGCUCACUCCUGCUCUGGGAGGACAACCUGCUGAGGCUGGGCCAGGAUGGAAGGAGGAUGGCAGUACUCACCAUGGGCCUGGGCCUUGCUGGCCAUGGCAGUGGUCGCCGGGGGUGCAGCACCCACGGAGCUCUCGGACAACAGCCCCACAUCCAACAGCCUGGAGGGUGGCGCCGGUGCCACUGCCUACUGGUGGGGCGAGUGGACCAAGUGGACUGCGUGUUCCCGCAGCUGCGGGCGCGGGGUGAUGUCCCAGGAGCGGCACUGCCUGCAGCAGAGGAGGAAGUCUGUCCUGGGCGCUGGCAAUAGGACCUGCACCGGGAUAUCCAAGCGCUACCAGCUCUGCAGCCUAAAGGAGUGCCCACCGGACGGGAGGAGCUUCCGCGAGGAACAGUGCGUCUCCUUCAACUCCCGCGUGUACGACGGACGGACCUACCAGUGGAAGCCCCUAUACCCCGACGACUACGUGCACAUCUCCAGCAAGCCCUGCGACCUGCACUGUACCACGGUGGAUGGCCAGCGGCAGCUCAUGGUGCCCGCCCGCGACGGCACGUCCUGCAAGCUCACCGGCCUGCGAGGGGUUUGCGUGACUGGAAAAUGUGAGCCCAUCGGCUGUGACGGGGUGCUGUUCUCCACCCACACGCUGGACAAGUGCGGAGUCUGCCAGGGCGACGGCAGCAGCUGCACCCACGUGACCGGAAACUACCGCAAGGGCAACGUGCAGCUCGGUUACUCCCUGGUGACUCACAUCCCAGCCGGGGCCCGGGACAUCCAGAUCGUGGAGAGGAAGAAGUCGGCAGACGUGCUGGGCCCUCCCGCCUGGCCUGACGGCAGCACUGCCCUCCCAGCUUUGGCAGAUGAGGCUGGCUUCUACUUCUUCAAUGGCAACUACAAGGUGGACAGCCCCAAGAACUUCAACAUCGCAGGCACCGUGGUGAAGUACCGGCGGCCCAUGGACGUCUACGAGACGGGCAUCGAGUACAUCGUGGCCCAGGGGCCCACCAACCAGGGCCUGAAUGUCAUGGUGUGGAACCAGAACGGCAAGAGCCCCUCCAUCACCUUCGAGUACACCCUGCUGCAGCCCCCGCCUGCGCACGGCCGCCCGCCGGUCUACUACAGCUUCUCCGAGCCUGCCUCGGCCUCAGCCUCCGCCAGUGCAGAAAGCCAGGAGCUGGCCAGCGCAGGGCUCCUGGGCUUCCGGCAGCACAAUGCGUCACUCUACGGCCUGGCCUCCUCCGGCCAGCUGGGCCUGGACAACAGGCUUUUCGGCCCCCGGGGCACUGAGGUGGACCCGAGCCCCCGUCUGGGCCAGGAGACCAACGAGGUGUACCAGCCCACCGAUGGCGGGGCCUGCCGGGGGCCUCCCGGGGGCUUCCGAGGCCGCAAUGCCACUGGGACAGUGCUCACAGGGGACAAAGAUGGCCCAGAGGCGGAGUCCCGGCUCACCUCCCAGGAGUUCCUCUCAGCCAACUCCAUCUCUGACCAGCUCCUGGGUACCAGCUCUGACUCCAAGGAGUUCGGCCUCAAUGAGACAGGAAACAGCAUCUUUGCACAGGGUGCCUCCAGGGGCCCCGAGGCUGAGAGCCUUUACGCGGAUUACGAGGAAGGCGAAGGGGCUGCUGCUUACCUGGUCAACGGGUCCUACCUGGAGCUGAGCAGCGACAGGGUGGCCAAUACCUCCUCCGAAGCCCCGUUCCCCAAUGCCAGUGCCAGCCUCCCUGCAUCAGCUGGGAAUAGGACACACAAGGCCAGGACCCGGCCCAAGGCACGCAAGCCGGGUGUGAGCCCAGCCGACAUGUACCGGUGGAAGCUGUCGUCCCAGGAGCCCUGCAGCGCCACUUGCACCACAGGGGUGAUGUCCGCCUAUGCCAUGUGUGUCCGCUACGACGGCGUUGAGGUGGACGACAGCUACUGCGAUGCCCUCACCCGGCCCGAGCCCGUGCAUGAGUUCUGCGCUGGGAGGGAGUGCCAACCCAGAUGGGAGACCAGCAGCUGGAGCGAGUGCUCACGCACGUGCGGCGAGGGCUACCAGUCCCGCAUCGUACGCUGCUGGAAGAUGCUGUCGCCCGGCUUCGACAGCUCCGUGUACAGCGACCUGUGCGAGGCCACCGAGGCAGUGCGGCCUGAGGAGCGCAAGACCUGCCGCAACCCCGCCUGCGGGCCGCAGUGGGAGAUGUCUGAGUGGUCCGAGUGCACAGCCAGGUGUGGCGAGCACAGCGUGGUGACCAGGGACAUCCGCUGCUCCGAGGACGAGGAGCUGUGCGACCCCAAAACCCGGCCUGUGGGGGAGAAGAACUGUACCGGGCCUCCCUGUGACCGCCAGUGGACCGUCUCAGACUGGGGACCGUGCAGCGGGAGCUGCGGGCAAGGCCGCACCAUCAGACACGUGUACUGUAAGACCAGCGACGGCCGGGUGGUGCCUGAGUCCCAGUGCCAGGCGGAGACCAAGCCCCUGGCCAUCCACCCCUGCGGGGACCGGAACUGCCCGGCGCACUGGCUGGCCCAGGACUGGGAGCGGUGCAACACCACGUGUGGCCGUGGUGUGAAGAAGCGGCUGGUCCUGUGCAUGGAGCUGGCUGACGGGAAGCCGCUGACACGCAGCGGCCCGGAGUGUGGCCUGGCCCGGAAGCCGCCUGUGGAGAGCACCUGCUUCGAGAGGCCAUGCUUCAGGUGGUACACCAGCCCCUGGUCGGAGUGUACCAAGACCUGCGGCGUGGGCGUGAGGAUGCGCGACGUGAAGUGCUACCAGGGCACCGACAUCGUCCGUGGCUGCGACCCGCUGGUGAAGCCUGUGGGCAGACAGGCCUGUGACCUGCAGCCAUGCCCCACAGAGCCCCCGGAUGACAGCUGCCAGGACCAGCCAGGCACCAACUGUGCCCUAGCGAUCAAGGUGAACCUCUGUAGCCACUGGUACUACAGCAAGGCCUGCUGCCGCUCCUGCAGGCCCCCCACUCCGAGCCGCGGGGCCGCAGUGCCCUGAGACCCGUGCGCCUGGCCUGGGGUUGCUGCCGCUCCAGGAACCUCCUGGACGCUGUCCUGCGGGACCCCAGGCUGGGAAGAUGUGACGCUGAGCCUUGGUCCACAAGAGGGACUUCAGGGCCUCCAGUGCCUGCCACGGGAGCUGUCCACAGAGCCACAGGGACCUUUCGUCUGAGCGUCCCAACGGCAGCCCAAACGCGAGGGCCCGCCCAGCGUGGGAGG